AUGGGUGUGAUAUCCAGGUUGUCGUUGAUCAUUUUAACGACGGCUACACUCGUCCAAAGUGCAUCACAAUGUAAGUAUGUCCCCUUUUACUUAAUUUACCGAGCUUUUUCCCAGAUGUUCGAUGUUUCCAACGAACCGAACGCAGAGCAAUUGACAAUUCCCAGCCGAUUGUUGAGAUUUUCUACGUCUCCCCUCAUCAAUGCCUCGAUCAAUGUAUUUUGAGCAGCAAUAAUGCGGUUAAGGUAAAUGAAAGUAAAAAUUGAAUAAAUUUAGAUGUUUUUAGAUCGGGCUUUGCAGAGCAGUCGUGUACGAUCACUUCCAGCACAGUUGCCGACUGUAUGAUCAUAGCGGGAAUAAGGUGCCGGCGAUUACUCAUCCAGCAGCUGGGUUUGAUCUGUAUGUGAGGACAGCUACAACGCAGGAAUGUGGAGGUCGGUAGAACGAAUAUUUUAGGGUGAAGGAGGGGAAUUUCCACAUUUCUAGGCGAGUAUUUGGACAAAGCGAGUUGAAAACUCUUUCCAAGACAUCUAAAGAGACCAAAAAACUUAUUCGUUAUAGUAUAUAAGGAUUUUGAUGUAUAAGUCUGUCAGGAAAAUAAAGAGCACAAUGCCGCUGCGCUGGCCGCGUCGCUGAGGUGCAAAACAAUUAGAUUUUGCCGCAAUACAAUUUUCGAUGCGACAGAGUGCUCAUUAUUUUCCCGAGACGCUGAUGUGCAGGUUCAUUCCAGCUUAAAGUUAACUCCAGAGAUUUUUGACGAUGUUCGUUAUAGACUGAUUUUGUUGCAGGGGAGUUUGUUGCGCUGGGUACGAAAUACUAUUUAAAAGGUCCAAAUUUCUCCAAUCUCAGUGAGAUAUGGAGCUGUGUGGGGUUUUCAAAAAUUCAUUUCAGAUUUUCUAUAUUUUUUUUGUUUUUUGUUUUUCUUGGCCACUGUUGUAGCGUAACCAUACAAAAAACAACAAAAAAUUGAUUUUUCCGCUUUAUCAAAUCGUUUUUCAGGCCCAAUGUUGCGUUUCUUCCGAGACAGCGCCCUCACGAAGCGAGGGCCCGAGGAUUCGCUUGACUCAGCGACAAAAAAAGUCUCCAAAAGUCCGCCUGAUGGAAGUGUGGUGAUUCAUAGGGAAUUGAACGGAGAGAGAGUGCAGGAAGUCUUGGAGAACCCGGGAGAUCCAUUUGCCAAUCGAGUAAACCCUGUGAUAUCAACAACUAGUAGUACGACAAGCACAACCACUGAGAAGCCGACGGAAGAAACGACCAGUGAUCUGGAAAGUAAGCUAACGCUUUGAUUUCGAAUUUUUUUCAUUUUUAAAAUGAAGGAUAGAAUCUGUGUUCGUUUUGAGACGUCUCAAGGGUUAAUUUUACAUGUAAAUGAACUUCCAUACGAUAAAACCUUCUGUAACAUUUAUUUUUUAUUUUUUUGCGAUUUCUUGUUCUAUAGGCUUACUGCACCCUAUGCCAAUUUUUUUGAAGAAAAUUUAUGUCUAAACUAACAACCUCUCCUUCAGACUGGACAGAAUCUGCCGCUCGUCAGCGUGACAUCGAACUAUCUUCUGAUUCCCUCUCCGAUUCUCCAAAAAUCCUCUCGAGACCCUCAAAAAUAGUCGCCGUUCCUAAUGCGGACUUCCAAACCGACGAUGACAUUAUCACGGAAGAAGAGGCUACCCGCGACGACAAUGCUCGAACGACGAGAGGUCCAGAGCUCUCCGAAUCCAAUGACAAUCAAAGAUCUCAUGAAGAGGAAGAUUUGGACUCGGAUUCUGAUGGCCAAGUGAACGUGAAGAGAGUCAAAGGAGUCCCCGAGCCCUUAACCCCGCCGCCACCGGGGAGCGCUGGUCGCGAAGCGAUUGUAAACAUCUUGGCCGGGCAGCUAAAUCAAUUCUUGGGCAUGGACAAGAUUCUCAGCUCCACGGCUGUCCCAGAGUCUAAUCAUAAAGCCCAUGAUCAGGAGAUACAUGUAACUCAACAUCCAGCCACCCCAAGACCCAAGCAGAUUGUUUGCCCCACGUCGUUGGGAUAUUAUGUCGUGGCGGGCAAUGAAAUGGUCCUUCCCUCGGCACCACAGCCGGGAACGGUUCAUGUCUUUGAAGGUGUGGGACAACCGAUGUGUGGGCAGUUGUGCAGUACGAACAGGGUAAGUGGGAGUGUUCUAGAAGGGGAAGGGUCCGAGUGCGACCUUUUUCUUGUAACUCGAAAUAUCUUUCCAGGGCCCAAGCGGAGAGUCGUUGCAAUGUGCCUCGAUUAAUUAUCAUCAUGAGACCAAAAGAUGUGAGCUCUACUCUGUUCUUGCUGAGCCUCACGGGCCAGGCGCAUUGCUAGAGAAUAGCCAUGUCAUCUACUCGGAGAAGUUCUGUCUGCCAGGUAAAAUACGUAUUGCUCUGUCAUUGUCUUUUAUGCAAGUAAUUUCGGUAAUUGUAAGCUUUUAUAGAAAUGUUACACAAUUCGUUGCUAAGGUAGUGAUGGCGUCCUCGUCGAUCCAGUUCAUUGAUUUUACCCUCUGAAUCCCUCAUUUUUAGCAUUUUUUCAGCUCAUCAUGGCAAAUGUUUGGACGAUGACAUCUUCAUUCUUCAUGCUCAAAAACAAGUUCGCGGCCACAUCGUGUUGCAGGUUGUAGCCUAUUCGAUCGCACAAUGUCUUCAAGCUUGUUUGAAUACGCCUCACUGCAGGGUAAGACAGUCUAUUUUAUAGUACGUUGUUUGUGAUAAAGAUUUAGUCAAUACAUAAUCAAAUCGUUAUUUAGUCGGCUACCCUCGUCUCCACGGCUUCCCGAUGUCUUCUGACUUCCGAUGACGUCACCGCCAACCCCAUGGUCCUUUAUCCCGCCGACGCCGGCACAGUUGUGGUGGAAAAUGGCUGCAACGGAUUCAACAGAGCCGUCUACAAGCCAAAUGUUCUUGUCUCUUCCGUCGUUGGCCCUCCACCGCCUCCGGCAGUCAUUGCGCCACCGCCGCAAUUGCCAGUCGCCAACGAAGGGCCCUGGGCGGAAUGGUCGGUGUGCCGCUACAAGGUGGGCGGAGGUGAGAUUGUGAGGAUAAGAAGCCGGUCCAAUGGAAAACUACAACUGCAGAAGUGCAAGGUUGAGGGCUAGAGCAAUCAAGAAGGCGGAUAGAGCAUGUAAAUUUUAUUUUAGCUGUGUAUUUUGGACUUGUGUAAAAAGAAGUGUAAUAAAAUUAUAAAACAAGGAGCAUAAUUCAAGAGCUUCCAGUCAAACAAUAUUUCAAUUUACCUACACUAAUCACGUGUGAAAUACUAUGGAAUAUAAUAUAGGUCAGGGUUCCAUUGUCUGGCCAGGAUGAGGUCCUUCCAUCGCAGGAUGUAGUGUUUUCGAAAAUCAUACGUCCGUCUCAGUCUGGGCCGUCCAAGUGGUCGUUUGUAAAGCGGCGCGCGUCAAAAUGACAAUGAGAUAAGCUAAACGGUCCGGCGGAUUGAUUGGCAAUUCUCCAAAAUAAGAAGCGAAAAGACUUUUUUCGGGGAAGAAAUGGUGAGUUUUUGAGGCGAGAGAGUACGUUUUGCGCGUCUUUUCUCUGUCUUCUCUGUGAAAUCAAGACGAAGUGUAAAAACCCAUAGCGAAGCGUGUAUACCGGUCACCGGACUUUGUUUGCAACGCCAUAGGUGACCAGGAAAAACCGACCGCUCACCGAGAGAAAAAAAUCGGACAGUCAAAUGCGGGGUUAAAGAAAUGUGUUGGGAAAACACCAGAAGAAAUGUUUAUUGAUUGACGUUCAAAAUGUACAUACACUUUUGAGGAAAGUAAGAUAGCAUGGGACAUAAUAAAACAGUAUUAGGACUUUUGCUUCAAAAAACUGAAGUCUUUCUUAAAAACCCGCACCUGCGGAAGAUGCUGUGACACUUUGUGUGGUCGAAGGCACUGGACUCGACGUGGAGCCUGCUGUCGGAGAUACGGAAGAAGCAUCUGUUGUUACUGAAGCCGCCACAGUUGAGCUCGAAACUUCGGAAGUAACUGAAGCCGCAGCAGUUGAGCUCGAAGCAUCGGCUGUAACUGGAGCCGCAGCAGUCGAUCUCGAACCGUCGGCUGAAGCUGGAGAUGCCGUUGACGGAUGA